CGUGACGUCACGUUGCUACGAGACCAAAAAACUCUGUUCUAAACAAAGCUUGAACAAUCAAAGAUGGCGGCGCUUUCAAUAACAGCUCUAAGUAAUUUCUUCUCUGAAGAACACAAAUCAAUUUCUAGAGGCGAAAAUCAUUAUAAGUCCGGUCACAUAGAAUGUUUCUCGUACGCUGAUGGUGUGAUCAGAGGUCAAGUUCAUGCAAGCAUGAAAAGCAAAGUGUAUAAAGUCACGAUAUACCUAGAUGAGAAGGAUUGCAUCAAAUCUACCGACUGUGAAUGUCCAAGAGGAGCAUUCAAAUGCAGUCAUGCCGCCGCAUUAUUUAUACAUGGCAUACACAAUGUAAGCAGAACCGAUGUCGAGUGUUCCUGGAAGAAAAAGAAAGUCACAGACAAAACCCCUGAUUCGGCAACAGAAUUGUUUCCAUCAAACAAGGAAAACUACAUCUGUCUGUCAAGGAUGCCAACAGAUGAAGAUAGAAGGUCCUUGAGCUCACAUCUACGUGAAUAUGGCCGUUUCACUGGACUUUGGUGGAUAAUGACUCCAGAACCUGAACCACCAAAGCCUCUGCCUAUCCCAACAAUAGAGGAAGUGAUACUGAGCGAAGAGUUUCAAUGUAUAGAAGGCCUGCAGAACCAAAUAGCCCAUGUACAAGAAAGAGCUACAGUAUCCAAUGAAAUAGUAAAGGAAGUAGCCCAGCUCACAAAGGGUCAAAGAGAC